AAGAAGCAAAUUGAAAAAUACAAAUCAGACGAUCUCUGCCGCCCAGUUAUUGUCAACUGUGACGAGAGCCGUUAAAAAAAUGAACUUUGCUGGCAAAGUAGUUCUCAUCACAGGCGCUUCUUCGGGUAUUGGAGCAGCAGCGGCUGUUAAAUUUGCACAACUUGGUGCGGUACUCGCUUUGAAUGGACGUAAUGUAGAGAACUUGGAAAAGGUAGCAAAAUUAUGUGCUGCCCAAGGCAGCAAGCAAACGCCACAACUUGUUGUAGGUGACCUUUCGAAGGUAGCUGAUACGGAACGUGUGUGGCAAGAAACAUUGAAAAAACAACAAAAAUUGGAUAUUUUGGUUAAUAAUGCCGGCAUCAUUGAAACUGGAACUAUCGAAAACACCAGCCUUGAGCAAUAUGAUCGUGUAAUGAAUACUAACCUAAGAUCCAUCUAUCACUUGUCCAUGUUGGCCGUCCCGGAAUUGAUUAAGACCAAAGGCAACAUUGUUAAUGUUUCCAGUGUUAAUGGCAUUCGCUCUUUCCCUGGUGUAUUGGCUUACAAUAUCUCCAAGAUGGGUGUGGACCAGUUUACGCGUUGCGCUGCUCUGGAAUUGGCUGCAAAGGGGGUGAGAGUGAAUUGUGUCAAUCCUGGUGUGACGGUAACCAACCUACACAAGCGUGGUGGCAUGGAUGCUGAAACGUAUGCCAAAUUCUUGGAACAUUCUAAGACAACUCAUGCGUUGGGUCGUCCUGGCACUGCUGACGAAGUGGCUAAUGCCAUUUGUUUCUUGGCCAGCGAUUUGGCCACCUUUAGCACUGGUGUCAGUUUGGCUGUUGAUGGUGGUCGCCACGCCAUGUGUCCCAGAUAGACUAACAAUGGAUUAUUUAAUAUCGAAUCGAAAUAAUUUUUGCUUUAUCGAACGUUCGUUCUAAAAGUCUAGUGAAUUCGAAAUAUCCAACAUGAUAGAAAUUGCAUUUCUUAUAUUUUUUGGUCUAAUAUAUUGAGUGGCCAUAUGAGGAUUAUUUUUAAUGUAAUUGAAUAAAACUAAAAUAAAUUGACGUA